UUAGGACCCGGAAGCGCUGCCGCGUGACGUCAGACUUAACAACCAAUUAGGAAUUGGUGCUGCUUUAUAUGCAGAUGAUGGUACAUUAUGGAAAAGGUUAAGAAAUAUUGAAUAUAUAACAGAAGUUCUUCAAAAAGCAGUAACAGAGGUGGAAGGAUGGUCCAUAACAUGGGGUUUUAAGUUAUCGGUUAGUAAAUCAAACUGUUUUUCCUCAAGGAAAAAUAUUCCUGAAAAUAUUAAACUGUACCUGUAUGGAAAUCCAUUAGAAAGUGUGUCAGUAUUUAAAUACUUAGGAUUAUGGUUUGAUGAGAACACAUAUAAAUCUGAUAGAGAAUAAAAGCAAAAAAGUGAUCAAUUUGAUGAGGGCUAUAUCAGAAAAUAAUAAUUAAUAUACUGUAUAUAGAUAGAGAUAUGCUGAGACCCACUUUUGAUUAUGGUUGUACAAUACACAGAGCAGCAGCUUAAACAAACCUAAAAAAAAUGGAUAUAAUACAGGCUAAAGAUUUAAGAGGGUUUUGGGUGGCCAAUAAAAGGUGAAGUGGAUAAAUAUAAAUAAAUAGUGUUAGGACCAUCUGUAGCAAUAGGAAACAACCAUGAUGAGAUUAUUACUAUGGCAAAGGUAGAUGUAAAUCUAAACAAAUACAUGAAAAUAAUAGUAAAGUAUAUAGAUAAAUACAUACAAGCUAACUAUUUUUCAUAUCGACACAUUUACAGACGGAUCAAAAGGUACCAGAAUCUGGAGUAACAGGUAUAGGAAUAUUCCAGAAUUUGAAACAAGCGUAUUCAAAAGAUUAUCAAAUAAUUUAGCAAUAUAUACAGUAGAAUUAGUUGCAAUAAUCCAUUAGAGAAGAUAUUUUAAAUGAUAUAUAUUUGACAUUAAAAUCUCUAAAUAGUAAGAGAAUAGAUGUCAAAUUUUGUUGGAUACCGGCUCAUACAGGAAUCAAUGGAAAAGAAAUAGCAGAUCAGUUAGCAUUAAGUCAAUUAUUAUAUAUUCAAAAAGAGUAGCAGAAGAAGUGGGACAUAGUUGAUACAGGAAGAUUUUAUUAUAAAAUGAAUUCAUGCAUCAAAGAAACAUACACUUUCGGAAGAUGUAGGAAAGAUGAGGUGAUUUUAACUAGAUUACAAUUUGGACACGCAUGAAUAAAUGCAAAACUGUACUAAAUAGGUUAGCAUAUUACAGGUAAAUGUGCCUUUUGUGGGGUAAUAGAAAGCAUUGAACAUGUAAUAUUAAAAUGUCGGAAAUGUAGAGAGAAUUAAAAUGAUAAAGAACUUAAAAGGCAAUACUAAGGAAAAAAGAUAAAUUGGAUAUUAGGAAACGGAUUAAAAGAGGAGUAUUAAUCAAAGAAUAGUAAUGGAAUAUAUAGCAGAAACAGGAUUAAACAAACAAAUUUAGGGAAUUUAAAUAAAUAAAACAAAGGAAUAUGGGAACACACAACAUCUCCCUGUUUGUUUGGCAUGGGAGCUGAACAUACAGCAGCCAUAAAUACAGAUUGGGUGAACCCUUAAUUAAACGAUAAAAAAAUAGAGAUGGGACUAUCACCCAUGUAUGAAUAAAAACAGUAGGUGGCGUUAUGUGCCUAUGGUGCAGAAUAUGGCACAAUUCCAAAGAAGAAGAAUGAGAGCAGUGAAAGAAUUAAGCUGUAUUAACUGAAAAAAGAAAUUGAGUUAAGUUGAAAAUAAGCAUGUACGUAUCAGUAGGACGAUAAAGAUUUGUGUCACGCACCGGGGGGGAAACGAACUUGAGUUUGAUUCAGUUGAACCAAACAAGACAGGUGUGAAAACACCCUUAAAGCUCCCAUUGGUUCCAGACCUUCAGCAUCAGACAAUAGUAUGUGUUCAUUAAUAAAAUUCAAAGGCAAUUAUUUAAUAUUUUCAAAGUAAUUAUAGCUGAGCUGUUUAACACAAAUAAUCAGGUCUUUUUCUACUUGUCCUGCAGAUGUGAAUCAGUGAAGGAUGAUGGCGUCUGUUUCAGAUCACCUUCUAGAUGCUCUGGAUGAUCUAGACACAGAUGAACUGAAGAGGUUUAAAUGGCGCUUAAAAAAUCAUAAGGGCUUUUCAAGGGCUGAUCUCCAAAAGGCAGACACCCUUGACACAGUGGAUCUGAUGAUGAAGUGUUUGGGACCAGAAGAAGCUGUGAAGAUCAUGGUGGACAUCCUGAGGAAGAUGAACCAGAACCAUGUGGCUGAACAGUUAGAGAAGAAACACAAGCAAGACACUUUCACCAACAUUGUUCCCAGGAACGACUUCCUACAAUAUUCCCAUCGGCUCACUCUGGAUCUGAACACGGUGAAUAAACGCCUCCAUAUGUCUGAGAAUAACAGAGAGAUUACUGACACUGGCACAGUUCAGCCGUAUCCUGAUCAUCCAGACAGAUUUGAUAAUUGGGAACAGGUGUUGUGUAGAGAGAGUGCGUGUGGACGCUGUUACUGGGAGGUUGAGUGGAGAGGACGUGUGUCUAUAUCAGUGUCAUAUAUGAGCAUAAGCAGGAAGGGAUGGGACAAUGAGUGUGUGUUUGGACGUAAUGAUCAGUCCUGGAGUUUGAUCUGCUCUUCCUCCAGUUACUCAUUCAGACACAAUAACAUAGAGACUAAACUCCCUGUUGAGUCCAGCCGCAGAAUAGGAGUGUAUGUGGAUCACAGUGCAGGAACUCUGUCCUUCUACAACGUCUCUGGAGACACAAUGAGCCUCAUCCACACAGUCCAGACCACAUUCACUCAACCGCUCUAUCCUGGGUUUACAGUUUAUAAAGGAUUAGUGAAACUGUGUUGAUGUAUCAGAAUAAGGUUGUAGAGUCUCUUAUUUUCUCUUCAUUACAAUAAAGGAUUAGUCCACUUUUUUAAAUAAAAUUUUCCUGAUAAUUUACU